GGCCUCCAUUGGCCGCUGGCGGGCGCGCGUCACCCGGGCUGGCGCUCGCCUCCAGACCUCUAGAAUUGGAGCCGAGGAGGAGCUGAAAAUGCAGAUUUAGCAUCAAGCACAGACACACACUAGCUCUUUCUCUCGGGUACACACAGCUCCGCACAUUCGCACCCCUGCCAGCCAGCCGGGCUGCGCGACUCCCCGGCUUCCCUGGCAGCCAGCUGCUGGUGGACAGCGCACAGAUUUGCUGUUUGCCAAGCUUCUUUUCUGCCUCUUUUGCUAUACAAAGAUUUUUUUAAAAAAAGAAAAACAGAAACAAAAACUACAUACCUAUUUUUUAUUUGCAUCUUCCCUCUUCGUCCCCUGCUCCACCACCCUGCGCGCCUCGCAGCCCCACUUUUCACUCCCAAAGAAGGAUGGAGGGCGGUUGUGGAUCCCAGUGGAAGGCGGCCGGGCUCCUCUUCUGUGUCAUGGUUUUUGCGUCUGCCGAGAGACCCGUCUUCACGAAUCAUUUUCUUGUGGAGUUGCAUAAAGACGGAGAGGAAGAGGCUCGCCAAGUUGCAGCAGAGCACGGCUUUGGAGUCCGAAAGCUCCCCUUUGCAGAAGGCCUGUAUCACUUUUAUCACAAUGGCCUUGCAAAGGCCAAAAGAAGACGCAGCCUACACCACAAGCGGCAGCUGGAGAGAGACCCCAGGAUAAAGAUGGCGCUGCAACAAGAAGGAUUUGACCGUAAAAAGAGAGGGUACAGGGACAUCAAUGAGAUUGACAUCAACAUGAAUGAUCCUCUCUUUACAAAGCAAUGGUACCUGUUCAACACCGGGCAAGCCGAUGGAACUCCUGGGCUAGACUUGAACGUGGCUGAAGCCUGGGAGCUGGGAUACACAGGAAAAGGAGUGACCAUUGGAAUUAUGGAUGACGGAAUUGACUAUCUCCACCCAGACCUGGCCUACAACUAUAACGCUGAUGCAAGUUAUGACUUCAGCAGCAAUGACCCCUACCCAUACCCUCGAUACACAGAUGACUGGUUCAACAGCCAUGGAACGAGGUGUGCAGGAGAAGUUUCUGCUGCAGCCAGCAACAAUAUCUGUGGAGUCGGCGUAGCAUACAACUCCAAGGUGGCAGGGAUCCGGAUGCUGGACCAGCCCUUUAUGACAGACAUCAUCGAAGCCUCCUCCAUCAGCCACAUGCCUCAACUGAUCGACAUCUACAGUGCAAGCUGGGGCCCCACAGACAAUGGGAAGACGGUUGACGGGCCCCGAGAGCUCACACUCCAGGCCAUGGCUGAUGGCGUGAACAAGGGCCGUGGGGGCAAAGGCAGCAUCUAUGUGUGGGCUUCUGGGGAUGGUGGCAGCUACGAUGACUGCAAUUGUGACGGCUAUGCUUCAAGCAUGUGGACCAUCUCCAUCAACUCAGCCAUCAAUGAUGGCAGGACUGCCUUGUAUGAUGAGAGUUGCUCUUCCACCUUAGCAUCCACCUUCAGCAAUGGGAGGAAGAGGAAUCCUGAGGCUGGUGUGGCUACCACAGACUUGUAUGGCAACUGUACUCUGAGACAUUCUGGGACAUCUGCAGCUGCUCCAGAGGCAGCUGGCGUGUUUGCAUUAGCUUUGGAGGCUAACCUGGAUCUGACCUGGAGAGAUAUGCAACAUCUGACUGUGCUCACCUCCAAGCGAAACCAGCUUCAUGAUGAGGUUCAUCAGUGGCGACGGAAUGGGGUUGGCCUGGAAUUUAAUCACCUCUUUGGCUACGGAGUCCUUGAUGCAGGUGCCAUGGUGAAAAUGGCUAAAGACUGGAAAACUGUUCCGGAGAGAUUCCAUUGUGUGGGAGGCUCUGUACAGAACCCUGAAAAAAUACCACCCACCGGCAAGCUGGUACUGACCCUCAAAACAAACGCAUGUGAGGGGAAGGAAAACUUCGUCCGCUACCUGGAGCACGUCCAAGCUGUCAUCACAGUCAACGCGACCAGGAGAGGAGACCUGAACAUCAACAUGACCUCCCCGAUGGGCACCAAGUCCAUUUUGCUGAGCCGGCGUCCCAGAGACGACGACUCCAAGGUGGGCUUUGACAAGUGGCCUUUCAUGACCACCCACACCUGGGGGGAGGAUGCCCGAGGGACCUGGACCCUGGAGCUGGGAUUUGUGGGCAGUGCACCACAGAAGGGGUUGCUGAAGGAAUGGACCCUGAUGCUUCACGGCACACAGAGUGCCCCGUACAUCGAUCAGGUGGUGAGGGAUUACCAGUCUAAGCUGGCCAUGUCCAAGAAGCAAGAGCUGGAGGAAGAGCUGGAUGAGGCUGUGGAGAGAAGUCUGCAAAGUAUCCUGAGAAAGAACUAGGGCCACACUUCCGCCUUCACCUCCCCUUCCUCCCUGUCUCUGCCUCUCCUUGCUCCACAGUUCUGGCAGCCACCAGCCACCCAGCAAUUCCUGUUCCCCCCGACACAAGCAAUCCCAGCCUGGUCUGAAGCUUUGCUCGCUGUCAAUGAUUAUUUUCACUACAAUGGAAGCAACCGUUUUUAUUCUGUAGCCCAAAUAUAGCGUUCCUACCAACAUCUAUGUCCUAUGUGUGACUCGACCUUUAUUUCUGUCAUGUAAAUGGGUGGUUGUACUGCACUUGAAACCAGGAAAGCUCUGCCCUCGCUUUUUUUUUUUCCCCUAUCUGAGAAGAGAAGAGAAUGCAUCUAAAAAGCCACACAUGGUGACUCAAGAAUAUUCGUGGUCUCAGCUAAGAUGCUGAUAGAGAGUGAACUCCACAGCUCUAGCAUGGGGGGUUGGAGGGUGGCUUGGAUUAAGCAAGGCUAGUCAGGGAUGUAAACUGAGGUGUCUGAUGAGAACGAUGCUGUCCCCCAGGGAGCCCUGAAGCCCAAAUACUGGAUAGGCUGAGGAAGUUUAAAAGGCAUGAGCUUUGAAAGUUUAAUCCCAAUACCCAAAUCGUGUCCCCUCUGCUCUGCCAGGAUGGCAUAAAAUGAAAACACAUGGCUCUUCUGUCACCAGCUACUGCUCUUCAUUGGGACUGAACCCACUGGAGCAGCAGUUUUCAGGUACUCUUUACGCGGCCAUCCAAGAGAGAAACUACAAGGUCGAUCUAGCUGCUGACUGGCUAAGAGCAGUUUACCAAUUUUAGAAAUAGGAGCAUCCCCUUCCCUGAGUGGUUUUAAAGCUCCCUGUUAUGACACAACCAAGAGGCAAGAGGUUUUUUGUUUUGGUUUGGUUUUGGUUUUGAUUUGGUUUUGACAGCUUCACCCACACCAACCAGGGCUUUUGAUUUCCCAAAACUAUCACUGGAGUGCAAUAUCUCCCUCCCUCAAGUUGUAAUUUCACUGGUGUUUUGGAGAAAUGAGUCACUGUUUGAGAAGGGGCCAUUGGAUGAAGGGGGCACAUCAGAAGGCAUGAGUGGCCACACUUAUGUGGACCUCUAGUUGCUACAAGCUUGUUGCAUGGAGAGGGGCCCAUGCCACCUCAUUCCCCAUAACUCGAAGCCAGAAGGGAAGCAAGAGACAACCUCUUUCAAGAAAACACAUGUUGUCACCAUAGCAACCAUGAGAAUAUCUAGCAAGCACCCCAAAGGUGACAGCUGUCAACUUUAAAAGACAUGCUUCAUUCCCAGUUUCUAUCUAAAGUAACCCACUGUCACUUGGAGUGCCCGCCCAAGGAUUGGCUUCCCACUCAGAUCUCAGUGUCCAUUGGUCCUCCCCCAACCCUAGGCUCUCGCCCUCCCUUCCCUGAAGCAUGUGCAGAGCCUGGAGUUCCUUUGCUGAAGCCAGCAACUCAGAAGCACUAAGGUUCCGUUCCUGGGGGGCGACUUUAGGAGAGAAUUCUGGGAAGCUUCUUUCAUUCCUUUUGUCCCCCAUUUUAGCCUGGAUUUUGUCUUCUCUGGCACCUUGUAACAUUCCCUGUGUCAUGCUUUUGAGUGUAAUAAUAUUUAUGAUUUCUAAAAGGAAUUUAUUAUUUGUUACAAAGGUCUUUUUAAACCACCUUAGAUUUAAAGAAAAAAAUGGCAAUCAUUGAGAAUUCAUUUCACAUUAAUGGUCUGGAAAUAAAACCAAAGGACAUUCUGUGUGCACGUAUACAUAAAUGCACACAGAAAUAUAUAUAUACAUAUGUAGACUAUAUACAUGUGUAUAUGUGUGUAUAUAUACCUGUAUAAAUGUACAUACACACAUAUACCUAAAUGUGGGUGUAUUCUGUAUGUAUUGAAGACACAGACGCCAUAUACAUCUCUAAAAGAGUAUUCAGAAAAUAUCGAAAUGAUUCCGGCCGAGUAGAAGGCCGGUAGAGAUUCAGGUGAAAUGUCUGUCCAUCUCUUCCCAUUAUGACACCUCUGUAAUUUUGAAGCUCUCUGUAUAAACAUUAAUUGUCUUAUAUGAGCAGCAGAAAUAUAAAAUAGUUGUCCAUAUUUUCACAUUUGUGGUAUAAUUUAUGAAAUUAGAGAGUAACUUAUCUGCUUCUUAAUAGAAAUGGCAAGUUUUGAUAUGAGUAUAUAGUAUAUAAAGACAAAUAGUGCUAAGUAUAAAUAUUUGGUCUCUAUUUCAUCUUUGGCAUCAGUAUUAGCACCAACUGUCAAGCUAGUGAUGUUUUUUAUGAUGCCCCUGAGUCUGAUGCAAGAGACAGUCAUUUAUUUUAAAAACUGAAGAGCAAGUGAAUAACAAUCAGGUUAACAUUGUUACUCCCUGUGACAAGAAUUUUUAAGCAAAUUUAAAAAUAUAUGUUGUAAAUUAGGAGGCUCAACAAUAAAACAUACCUUCC